AUUCUUUGCAUAAAUAGACUGGCUUUAGAAAGUGAAUUUGUUUCCUGUCAACUGCACCAGUGGAUUGAUUUGAUUUUUGGCUAUAAGCAGCAAGGGCCAGAAGCUGUCAGAUCUCUAAAUGUUUUCUACUAUCUGACCUAUGAAGGAGCUGUCAAUCUCAAUUCAAUAAUGGAUCCAAUGUUGAGGGAGGCAGUGGAAGCUCAGAUCCGAAGUUUUGGACAGACUCCUUCCCAAGUGCUUAUAGAACCACAUCCUCCAAGAAGUUCUGCUAUGCAGUUGUAUCUCCUUCUCCAGAGUCCAUUGAUGUUCACAGACCAAGCUCAACAGGAUGUCAUCAUGGUCCUAAAAUUUCCAUCCAACUCUCCUGUAACUCAUGUAGCAGCCAACACUCAGCCUGGUUUUGCAAAUUCUGCUGUGAUUACUGUCACCGUCAACCGAAUAUUUGCUGUAAAUAAGUGGCACAAUCUUCCUGCUCAUCAAGGUGCUGUACAAGACCAGCCAUACCAGCUGCCAGUGGAAAUCGAUCCUCUCAUAGCUAGCAAUACAGGUAUGCACAGAAGGCAAAUCACAGAUCUUCUGGACCAAAGUAUUCAAGUCCAUUCCCAGUGCUUUGUUAUCACUUCAGAUAAUCGCUACAUCCUAGUCUGUGGAUUUUGGGAUAAAAGUUUUCGGGUGUAUUCUACUGAUACGGGAAAACUAAUGCAAGUUGUGUUUGGACACUGGGACGUUGUUACCUGCCUUGGCCGCUCUGAAUCUUAUAUUGGAGGAAACUGUUAUAUUCUAUCAGGGUCUCGCGAUGCCACCCUGCUGCUAUGGUACUGGAAUGGUAAAACCAAUAGCAUUGGUGAUAACACAAAUGGUGAAACUGCUGCUCCUCGGGCAAUCUUGACUGGACAUGAUUAUGAGAUUACCUGUGCAGCAAUUUGUGCUGAACUUGGUGUAGUGAUAAGUGGCUCUAAAGAAGGAUCAUGUCUCAUACAUUCUAUGAAUGGGGAUCUGCUGAGGACAUUAGAAGCUCCUGAAAACUGUGUGAAAGCAAAACUUAUCCAAGCAUCAAGAGAGGGUCACUGUGUUGUAUACUAUGACAAUGGUCAUUUCUGUGUAUUCAGUGUGAAUGGAAAACUCCACUCCACUAUGGAAACAGAUGAUAAUAUCAGGGCAAUCCAGCUGAGCCGUGAUGGGCAGUACCUCCUCACAGGAGGAGACAAUGGAGUUGUUAUGGUAUGGCAAGUAUAUGAUCUCAAGCAACUUUUUGCCUAUCCUGGUUGUGAUGCUGGAAUCCGAUCCAUGACUCUUUCAUAUGACCAAAGGUGUAUAAUGACAGGCAUGGCUUCUGGCAGCAUAGUGGUUUUCUACAAUGAUUUCAACAGGUGGCAUCAUGAAUACCAAACCAGAUACUGAAAUAUGAAUUAAACUGAUGUGGCCGUGCAGCUCUUCUCAUAUGGAGACUUGAAACAUACACAUCUCUCUUUAGUAUCUUGUCAUAAUCUAGAUCUUAUAAAUAGUUAAUAUAUCUGAAUGUAACUUAAAUUUGCUGGGAGAUGCUAUUUUUUGAAGUUAAUUGCUAUUUUUGUAGACUUUGCUUGACUUUUUGGGAUGGGGAAAAACAGAAGAUGAUUGUUGGGGUUCUGUAGCUUAUAAAGAAAAUCUAUAUUUUAUAGUCAUAGUAAAUCUAUUUUGAUCAUUAUACUGGGGGGGUGGAGACUGUAAUAGGGUGGCUAUAAUUCUUGUAUUAGCUAUAUUAUGAAACAUGUUUCUCAUGUAAAUCUUUAUAAUCUUAUGGAAUAUUUGAUUUUAAUGAUGGAAAUUGCUAUAACAAAGGAAGUUGGUUAUAAUACCAGCAGUUAUAAUACUGACAUUUUAAACUGUGCUUAUCCCUCCCUUCCCUUUUGUCUUGUACUUUUACAGUGAUAGCGAACUUGAAGCACUGAAUUUUCUGAAAAUCAAGAAUAUUUAAAUUAUGUAAUUUUGUUUUCACAUCUGUGUAAUGAUCAAGUGUGAUUCUAGAUCUAGGUGAUUAGUAUACCUUUUAAAUUAUUAAUUUGUUAUUUUAUUGUAUGGUUAAGAGAGAAAUAAUCAUAAGCAGAAUUUAUACAUCAAGCAUCAAGCCCACUGUUCUUCAAAAUUAAGGUCUAUUUUGAGGAUUUUGGAAGUAUUCUAUUAUCUUCUGUACUUUUUGAAACCAUGUGUGGAUCCAAAAAACCCCCACUUGUGCUGAAUAUCUGCUAUUUUCCUUCGGCACCUAAAAUGGAAAAAGCUAUUGUGUGCCUACAAAAACAACUAGAGAACUGUAUUGCACAAGCCUUAUAUUGAUUUUAAAAUCAAGACAUGUUCCCAUCAAAUCUGAUUCAAUCAUGCUGACAAUCUUUCUUCAAGCUCUUGGGAAACUAAAUAAAAUUUAUUAUGAACAAUGUUAUUUUGGUGUUGCAUAAAUUCUACUUAAUAUAUGAUUGCUGUGCAAAAUUCUGUAAUUAUAUAUGUGAAAAGUAUUGUUUUUAGUAUGUACUGCAAAAAAUUAUUUCUUGAUGUUGAUAAGUUGUCGUUUAAGAUUUGAAAUUUACAUUUCUCUGUCUUUAUCGAUAUAUAAUUUCUUCAACUAAUUAUUUGAAGCAAUUUGUAUGCUUUUUUCCUAAUAUUCAAAUAGCCCUUCUUUAUAUGAGCAUCAGAAAGGGGAAAACUCAGUUUGAAACAAGAUAUUAAAUAAAAAAGGCAUUUGUAUUUUAA